GGACAGCUAUGCGCGCGGCCCGAGUGUUUUGGCGGAUGUGAAGGACUGUGCGCAAAUGAAGGAUGUGAAGAUCUUCGGCUCUUAAAGAGACAGAGAGAUUUUCAAGAAGCAGUCCUGCUCUGUUAGAGUUGAUGAUUCAGCAGGAGAAGCCGUUGUCGGGCAUCAUGCCGGUGGUGUGGCCCACCCUGCUCGACCUCAACAGAGAUGAAUGCAAACGAAUUCUGCGCAAACUGGAGCUGGAAGCGUACGCUGGUGUGGUCAGUGCUCUCCGUGCUCAAGGAGAUCUCACUAAAGACAAGAAAGAGCUGCUCGGAGAGCUCAGCAGAGUCCUGAGUAUCUCCACAGAGCGGCAUCGAGCGGAGGUGCGCAGAGCUGUGAAUGAUGAGCGCUUGAACACCAUCGCUUAUCACAUGUCGGGUCCGAACAGUUCGUCAGAGUGGUCUAUCGAGGGUCGUCGUUUGGUUCCUCUGAUGCCCAGACUGGUUCCUCAGACGGCGUUCACUGUGACGGCUAAUGCAGUGGCUAGCGCUACAGCUCACCAGAACGCAUCGUUGCUCCUGCCCGCUGAAACCGGAAAUAAAGAAGUGGUGGUGUGUUACUCAUACACCAGCACCACCUUCACUCCUCCCAGCGCAUCGGCCCCCUGCAGUAGCUCCAGUGCAGCUGCAGCCGUUAAAUUACCUCAACCUGCAAGCCCCGCCUCCAACGUUGUGGUGCUGCCUAGCGGGAGUACGGUCUACGUCAAGAGCGUGAGCUGUUCCGAUGAGGACGAGAAACCUCGUAAGAGGCGGAGAACCAACUCCUCAAGCUCCUCCCCCGUGCUGCUGAAGGAGGUGCCUAAAGUGGUCACGCCCAUUUCUAAAACCAUCACGGUUCCUGUGAGCGGCAGCCCGAAGAUAAGCAACCUGAUGCAGAGCAUCGCCAACUCUCUGCCGCCGCACAUGUCACCUGUGAAGAUCACCUUCACCAAACCCUCCACACAGACCACCAACACCACCACACAGAAGGUCAUUAUCGUGACGACGUCUCCCAGCUCAAACUUUGUGCCCAACAUCCUGUCGAAGUCUCAUAACUAUGCUGCCAUGUCCAAGCUGGUGUCGAGCGGCGCGCUCACAGUGGCCAACCAGAGACAGACCAUGGUGAUAUCAGCGGGCUCCUGCCCCGCCCCGGGACCCAGUCCUGUUGCCGUGACGACGAUGGUGUCAUCCACCCCUUCAGUGGUGAUGUCCACGAUCGCACAGGGUGGCUCGUCCACUGCAGUGAAGGUGGCCUCCACGCGUCAGCCGUCUCCUAAAGCUCUGGUUGGCUCUCCGCCGCAAGUCCUGCAUAUUCCCAAACCGCACACACAGUCGCAGCAGACGGCCGCGGCUCAGUCGGUGUCUCCUAAAGCGAUGCAGGCGUCACCCGUGUCCUCCACUCAGAGUGCUGGCAUGCCACCCGGUGCCAAAUCCACCAUACAGAUCAAACAAGAGUCAGGUGUGAAGAUCAUCACGCAGCAGAUGCAGCCCAGUAAGAUUUUACCCAAACCCUCCAGUGCCGCACUGCCCAGCAGUAGCUCCGCCCCCAUCAUGGUCGUCAGCAGCAACGGCGCCAUAAUGUCCACCAAACUGGUGUCCGCUCCCACAGGUACUCAGACGACAUACACGCGUCCGUCGGUCAGUCCUGCUCUCGCCGCUCGUGUGGCCACAUCCCCCGCCGGCGCCACUUACGUCAAAACCACCAGCGGCAGCAUCAUCACAGUCGUGCCCAAAUCACUGGCCACACUGGGAGGAAAAAUCAUCACCAGCAGCAUGGUGUCCGGAACGACCACUAAAAUCACCACCAUCCCCAUGACCUCUAAACCCAACGUCAUCGUGGUGCAGAAGACCACUGGGAAGGGGACGACCAUCCAGGGGCUGCCGGGGAAGAAUGUGGUGACGACACUGUUAAACGCAGGGGGAGAGAAGACUCUUCAGGCGGUGCCCGGAGUGAAGCCCGCGAUCAUAACAGCGUCUCGUCCCAUCACUAAAAUGAUCGUGACGCAGCCCAAGAGUCUGAGCGCCGGUGUUCAGCCCUCCACCACCAAAAUCAUCCCCACAAAGAUUGUGUACGGACAGCAGGGCAAAACACAGGUUCUGAUCAAGCCGAAGCCGAUGGCGUUCCAGACCGCGGUUAUGAGUGAGCAGACGCGCCAGUUAGUCACAGAGACGCUGCAGCAGGUGUCACGCAGCACAGACGCAGGCCAGGAGGGGGCGCCGAAAGACGAUUCACCCUCAUACACAGAGAGCGGCCCAGCAUCUGCUGACAUCACACACGAAUCUCAGCCUGUAGUUCACGUGAUCACCUCCAGAGGGCAGGAGUGGACCGGAGAGGAAGUGUCUGUGGAAGCGUCUCCCACCAUCAUUUAUCAGGACCUGAUGGGAGAAUCACAAUCAGCCACAUCCACCAUCAAAGCCCUGCUGGAGCUGCAGCAGACCAGUGUGAAGGAUAAAGGCGACUCCAAACCACGGCAGCACACAAUUGAUCUGAGUCAGAUGGCAGUGCCCAUCCCGCUGCCCACAGAGAGGAGACAGUCACCAGAACCAUCCAAUCAGAGUGCAGCAGAGUCUGAAGCAGUCACUGAAUGUAUGCCUACAGGUAAAGCUGUGAUUGCUGCAGAGGCCUCUGGAUCCAGCAGUCAGAAUCAGACGGCAGUGAAGAGCAGCGCACCGUCACCCUCAACACCUGCACACGCCACACAACAGGAGCAGGUGGUGUUGGAGGAGGGCGGGUCAGAGGGCGACACGCUGGACCCUCAGACGGGUUUAUUCUACCGCUCAUCACUGCAGCCUGUGAGUCAAGCUCCUCCCCCUCUUCAACAGCACCGCCCAGCUCCGCCCACUCUCAGCAAACCUGUGGCCGGCCCUGCUGAAACAGCCACAUCCUCUAAGAGGGCGGAGCCAGCCACACCCAGACCAUCUGUUCAGAGAGAGAGACCCACCCCCUCCACAUCUCUCUCACCGUCUGCUGGCCCUCCACCCUCCGCCUCGAACCCGCCGCACACACCUCAGCUGCCCAAACUGCAGCAAGCACCCACGUCACACAACAGACCCAACACGCACAUGCAGCUGUCGCAGCCGCCGCCGCUGCAGGCGCAUCACCCCGUGGGCUCCAGCAAAACACCCGGCAGCAUUCAGGUGCAGCAGCCCAUAAUAACCCAGGGCGCCACGGUAACCAAGAUCACGUUUGGCGGUCAUCCGUGUCCGCCGGUGUCCAGCAGCGGCGAUGCGUCUGUAAAACUGCAGGCGGAGUCCAGCUCGAGUCUGACAGCGUCUGAGAAACCGUCCGUGUCAGACAUCCUGAAGAUCUCCAUGAUGGAGGCGGAGAUCGACCCGAGCGCUGGACACAUGCUCGUAGACUCGUCCAGUGACAGCGGUCCGCUCACCAAAGCUCCGCCCACCUCGUCUCUCAUCAGCAGCUCUAAACAGACGCACACACACGGACCGUUCGGCCGCGUCAAGAGUAAAGACGUGGACAUCAUACAGGUGAUUCCUCAGUACUCCAUCAUGCCCGACUCCAGUCAGUCCAAUGUGGUGGUGGAACCCAGCGGCUUUCUGGAGAUCACCGACUUCACCAGCCAGCGUCUGGACGAGGAGGCCGCCAUGGAACAGGAAGUGGACAGCAGCAAUGACGAGGGGGCGGCGGCCAGCCCCAUGGAGACCUGCGCUGACCAAUCGCAGUGAAGCGUUCUGACCACAGCGGCGUUCGGUUGUGAAGCGCAUACUCCUUUAGACUUGCACAUGAACUCGGGAGGAGUUUGAGAGAACGACCGGCGAAUCCCACUGGGAUGUAUAAGGACCGUCGGCAUUCUCGCACAGACGAAUCAUUUUCUAUUUGUUUAAUCAGGACUUUAGAGAAACAUUUCACAGGUCAAACGUGUGACAGUGACCGUACGGCGAUUUACUCUCUUCAGACUUUUGCGUUUUCCAGCGAAAUGUUGCGUUAUCCUGCAGAAAUACUGAUUUCCAGAUGAUUUAAGGAGCACUGAUUUCAGCCGAAUUCAUUAAUCACGUGCAGGAAAUAAAUUCAGUUUUUACUAGAUAAAAAUGCAACAUUUUUGAUAUCAGUCAUUUGGUUUGCAUCGGAAGAAAAACAUUCGUUCUUGAUAUCAACAAUGAUCAUUUUUACCAGUAUGAAGUGCAACUAAUAAAUCCAAAUGAUUCAUUGAAUUAAAUGCAAUUAAAAACCUAUCAAAUGAUUAAAUGAAUCAUUAAAUAACUCCAUUGUAUUCAGUUCAGAUUCGUGUCUUCAUGUUCACGGUUAUUAAGCAUUCUUUAUUGGAUGGUGUGACGUCACACUCCACCCCAUCUCGCUCAAAUCGAUACAAACCGGUGCUCGUCGAUUAUAGAGAUAAUUGAAUCUGUAUAAAAAGUACAGCACAUUUGUUAUUUCUAAAGAAGGGAAACAGAUACUUUAGCGCCGGUUUGGAGCGAUUCGGAGUGUGGACGUUACCGCUCCCGAAAACAUUCUUGCUAUAUCAACAACAAAGGUCAACAACAAAAUACAUAAAAAAAAAUAAAA